UUGUCAGUAGAAUUUUUUACUCACUGAAUUAGUUAAUUUUUCUAGUUACACGGAAUCACUUUAAUAAGAAUUGUAAUUUAAAGUGAAUCGAAAACAAAAAUUUGGAACAAAAUUUGCAAGAAAAUACAAAAAUUUGAUAGAAAAGCUGAAAAUGAUAACAAAGGGCUUAACGAAGCCUCCCAUAGAGGUCGCCCGGUGUUAACGCUGUUUUGUCAGCAACCAGAAUUCUGGUUCCAUUUUGCUUUCACUUUUAUUUCUGUAAAGAUUUGUUUUUUAGUCUUUGCGACCGUUUAUUACCUGUGAUUACGAUAAUAUCUUCCGUUUGGCGAUCGAUUGUUGAAAUAUAUUUGGUUCAUCAUUCUGCCCACUUUCUUCAUGAGUUUUCUUCCUUUUCUAUACUUGUAAAUUUCUCCCUUUUCCUCCACUCAUCCCUCAUCCCUCCCUCCCUUUUUACCUUUACCACCACCACCACCACCAACCAUGGCUACAGCUCCAGAAGCAUCAGCAGCAUUACCACCUAUGUCGGCUCAAGCCUUCUGUCUUAGACGGAAUAACCAUUCAUCGGAUAUGUCAGAACACUUUGAGAGGAUGUUUAAGGAGGAAUCAAUGGUUGAUGUUACCCUAUCCUGUGGUGAUGGUUCAAUCCGUGCUCAUAAAAUGGUUCUUAGCGCGUGUUCAUCUUAUUUCAAAAACAUUUUCAGCAAAUUUAUCAAUCCAUACCAAUAUCCUGUUGUUAUCAUGAAAGACAUGCCAUUUGCUGAUUUACGCGCCAUCGUUGAAUUUAUUUAUCGGGGAGAAGUUUUUGUACCACAAGAACAGUUAGCAUCUGUACUGAAAAGCGCGGAAAGCCUUAAAGUAAAAGGAUUAUCGGAAGUCAAUGCAACUAAAAGUCUUGUACCACAUGAGGGUGGAGGUGGGGAAACAUCAGCACAAACUAGCCGAGGAAAGAAAGGACGUAAAACAAAUACAACCAGUUCAGAUGGAUCACCUUCUAAUUUUGCUUUUCAAGGAGUUCAAAGGUUCCAAUGUCAUAUAUGCCAUCAAGGUUUCACCGCAAAACGUAAUCUCCAGCGACACAUGCAGAUCCAUUCAUAUUAUCGGAAUAAAUUUGAGUGUGAUUUAUGUGGUAAAAAGUUUUCUUGGAAGCAUGGACUCAACAGUCACAAAGAGAAAACACAUAAUAUCAAUGUAUGACAUUAAACUUAAUAAUCAAUUAUAUCUCUAUCACCAUGAAUGAGCCAAUCAACCAUUUAAACACCACCACCACCACCACCAUAACAACAACAACAACAACAACAAACCCAACCUCUUCAUUUGACAAAAAAAAAUUACAAAAUAUAUACACAUUCACAACCAACACAUACCAUGUCUCACCUCUAUUUGGACAAUAAAGAACGGGCUAUUGUCGGAUAAUAUAUUUCCCUUUAACCCGAUAAUGAUCAUCAUAAAAAACUAA